GUGCUGGAUAACAACAGUGUAGGUGGAGUCCUAGUGGAUAUAGUGGAUUAAGUCGUUGUUUUAUGUGCACAUUAAAGUACGCCGGUCGUUGUUUAUGCAAGGUUAAGGAGCUCGUGCACAUCUCCAUCAGAGUGAGUUUUUAUCCUAGUGCCACUCAAGGUAGUCAACUCUGGACUUUCAGCCACGCAAAGGGAGUUCACAGUAAAACAGUUAUCAUUGCCAUCCAUUUUUUAAAUUGCAUUUAAUUCUGCACAAGGGAGCGCAUUCUGAGCAUUUUGGCAAGGGAGAGUACUGCAGUUGGACAAUGGACAAGGGGACCGAACUGAUGUUCUUACUGUCGCUGCUCUUGCUGGUAAAAAAAAACUAAUUGUGUUUUUUUUUUUUUUAAAUGGGAUUUUAUUUUUCCUUUAUAAAAAAACCAAAGACUACACUGCAGACCAAUAUUAUGCCCAAUAUUAUGCCCAAUAUUAUGCCCAAUAUUAUGCCCAAUAUUAUGCCCAAUAUUAUGCCCAAUAUUAUGCCCAAUAUUAUGCCCAAUAUCAUGCUCAUGGACUCAUAAUUAGAGCUGUAUUAUGAGAGUUAUCGGUAUGUAACAUGGGCGUAUUACCAGGAAAUUAUUGUGUUGACAAAUUAAAACGAAGGGAAAAAUUGGGGUGGGGUUCGUGGGAGAGCGAGGCAUGCGUCCAGCCGCACAAACAUUUGAGAAAAUAAUAAGGUCUAUGGCUAGGAUCCGAUGAAGAUGAACUUGUGAUGUUAGGCAGCAUGAGCCUUGUCCUUAUUCCUCCUAUCUGGUGUAUCGGAUGGCUGAGGACGAGGGAGUAACUGAGGAUGUGAGGAAGGUGAGCCAGUAGUCGUGUGUGUGGUGUGUAAAAUUGACACAGGAUGGAAAUGAAAUGGCAAAACGAGGUACGUGGAAGCUUGAAUUUAAGGACAGGACAAUAAGAUUAGAACAUUUCAGCAUAGAGCCUUCCUCGGCGCACAGGAAAAAUGAAAAUAUCACAAGGAACAGAGCACAGUAAACAACUCAAGAAAUAUCCAUCGUUGUUGCCGGAACGAGUGUCCUACACAGUUACUUUAGUCCUUAUGUUUGCUUUAAAUUUGAGUUCAAAGUCUGAUUACGGCCGGCUGGUAAUAUUUGAGCGUAGGUUUCGAAAUGAAAUCUAUUAAAAGAAAGUGUACCAAUAUAUGCAAGUAUAAGUCGCAAUGAAUCACACAAAAUAACCCGAAUGGACUACUUCCAUGUUGAAAUUUUUAAUCUAAAAAAAAUUUGGAUUUUCAAUCAUCCUAGAACACUGAAGUUUGAUACCAAAGAUACUGAUACCACCAGAGUACUUAAAAGAUUUAUUUAAAAAAAAAAAAAACGCAUUUCAAUUCAAUCAUCCUAGAACCCUGAAGUUUGAUACCAAAGAUACUGAUACCACCAGAGUACUUAAAAGAUUUAUUUAAAAAAAAAAAAAACGCAUUUCAGAGGGGACCUCGUUUGGGGGUGGGGUGGGGGUUUGGGGGGGAUUGGGGACAGAUAGCAAAAAUCUGGUAGGGAGAAUCAUGCAUGGCUAACGGGAAAAUCCAUUAGGAGAAAGUCCUUUAAAGAUUAAUAUCUUCAGCAUCGUUCAGUGUCAUUCUAAAAUUCCUAAUGUGUUUGUUUUUUUUUUGUUUUUUUUUUUUGUUGUUUUGUUUUGCUCAGCGUUGGAGCAUGCGGCAACAUAUUUUUUUUCAACGAAUGUUUGCGUAUACCUAAAAAGUUUACUAUUACCACUUACCACCAAGCGACGUGGACACUCUUCAUAUUUUUCAUGAACAUUUGGUUAUUGUGUUGAACGCGACAACAGUAUUUCUGGAAAUGGUUAAACUAGAAAUGAGCUGAUAUCUCCGUAACGUGUUUGACAUUUCUAAGACCGGAAAACGUCAUAUCACACUAGGUAAUAUAUGUUACUACUUUAAGGAAAGGUUUUCGUUCAAAACAUGACAGCUAACAAUUUUUUUCAGCAUAAACAUAUAUACAUAUUUGAGAUGAUGUGCUUUAAAAAAAAUAAAAAAAUAGGUAUAUAUUGUAUAAUCAAUCAAUUAAAGUUGACCCCCGCCCCUCGGGGAGCGAACAACGGGUGUAUUCUUCUUCUUCUAUUUCUUAAGGGCCCACGAUCGACGUAUUGAACAUUCUGGCUCCUAUGUAUGUAGAGGGGAUUCGCAAUGUUUCUGUCGCUGUUAUUGAAGAGGAUAUUAAAAUGGAUAGGUGCAAGUGAAAGAUAAAAUCAGCUUUUAUAACUGAGCCCCUACCGAAUCGUAAUUACACAAUGACGUCAUUUGUUGGGUACUUUAAAAAAAAAAAAGAGUGUGUGUUAGAGUGUGGGGUGUGUAAGGGUGUGAGUGUAUGAGUCUGGGGGUGUAUGAGGAUAGGGUUGUUUGAAGGUGUCGGGUUGGGGGGGGGGCGUGUUUCAUGAAGAGGGUGUUUGACCAUAGUGUGUGUUUUUUGUUUGUUUGUUGUUGUUUUUUUUGGGUUGGGGGGGUGUUUCAUGAAGAUGGUGUUUGACCAGAGUGUGUGUAUGAGGAUAGUUGGUUAUGGUAUCCAAAAAUAUGACAAUACAUUUGUCAGAACCUAUAUCCUAAGUUAAAUUAUCUUGGAUGGCUGUCCGUGGACUUAUUAUAAACCUGCUAUAAUGCGGGCAAUAAUUACACUGGACAGGCGAUGAUAAAUCUCAGAGUCAGGGCAGAUAACAAAGGGUGGAGCGUGACACCAGCACCUGAUACAGUGAAUGAACUCCCCCUGGUAACUGUCAGUUUGUAUGCUGCUUUUGUGCUGCCACACGAUUAUGGUCCAUUGUUUCACUGCUGAGAGGAAACGUUGGGGGGGGGGGGGUGAGACGAGAUGGGGGGAGCGAGUGAGAAGGGGGGGGGGGGGGGAGACGAGGUGGGGGGAGAGAAUGAGACGAGUCAGGGGAGAAGGUGAGACUAGUCGGUAGAGAGAGUGAGACGAGUCAGUGGAGAAGGUGAGACUAGUCGGUAGAGAGAGUGAGACGAGUCGGAGGAGAGAGUGACACGAGUCGGAGGAGAGAGUGAGACGAGUUGGAGGAGAGAGAGAAUUUGAAGGGGGGGGGGCACUGGCGUAACUGGGAUGGUGCAACUCCACAAAAAAAACCAACUGCAUUAUGAGACAUUUGUGCUAAAAUGCCACCCGGGGCGGACAGCCCACUCAACCGCUAACCUCCCUAGGCCUCUGGCUGGAGGGGCGGGUGAGAAAAAACGUUGAAUGUAUUUUAAUCUUGACACAACUGUAGGAGGAGAAGGGGGGGGGGGCAGGGACGGAUAACAGGGCAACAGUUGGUAUGAAUUUAACCAAUAAUUGUCUACACGGCAUGUCAGUUCUCACUUGAUUGUGUUUGAAACUCUAGCAGAUGACCUGGGGGAAAAUGUCGAGUUUUGAGACUAAAAAGAUAUCCUACUCAUUAAAACGAAAGUUCCAAUAGUCCCCGGGCGUUAGCUGAGACAAUUUGGUUUCAUUAUUAAGUUUAAGAGUGUUUAUAUUUGUUUUAAGAAAAGGAUGGGGGGGGGGGCGCAAAUUGUUCAAAUAAUUCCACGCUAUAAUUGAAUUAUGCAAGGGACGUUACUAAUCUUUAAAACACUUUAAAGAGUAGCCCCCCCCCCCCCCCCCCCCCCAACCCCCAUCCCCCCCCCCCCUUUGGAUACGCUGCUGGGGGGGGGGGUUCCGUGAGUUUACCACAAAAUUGAAUUUUGUGAUCUAAAAACCUCGCUAUUAUUUACAUUCUUUCACAGUCAACUAAACGUAGGGCAAAAUAACAAACCAACCCAAACAACUCCAGAUUGUCAAUGUUCAAAUGUGCGUGCUACUAUCACGACCAUGUCUAUGACUGUAAGACAUGUUGUGGAAUGUGUUUUAUGUGCACAGCUUUGAAAUCCCAUUUUCCGCCAUGUUAGCAUUUUGUGUGUGUGUGUCUGUUACACUCAGCUGGUCUCUAACACGUGUACCGCCUUGAACCCGUGCCACGAGUUGGCACCAUCUAUUUAGAGAGGGUAAGAGAGCAAAAAAACAAUGACCCAAAACAACUCAAGUCUGCUUUUAAUUGUUUGUGUGUGUUUUUUUUUUUUUUAAAUCUCCGAAACUUCAAAUUAUGUCAAAUGUUUGAUGUGUGUGAGAGCUCUGCGUGAGUUCACAUAGGGCUAGAUACUAAUACAACGACAGCUGCUAGAAUUGUAUGUAUUUGUAAGGGUCUGAGGUUUGUAUUUAAGUUUCAAGGGAGGACAAAUAGGAAGGAAGCUUAACAGCAUUUACUUCUUUACGAGUUUUUUUUUUUUUAUUCUGGUCGGAAAAAGGGGGGUGAUUUUUAAAUUUUUUUAAAUUCAAUUUAUUUUUGUUGGGGAAGGGAAAUUAAUCUUUGUAUUAAAACAAGAUUUCACUUGAUAUAAUGAUUUCUCUUAUGUUGUAUGUCCAGUGAACAUACGUUACCUGAAAAGCAAAGGCACGCCUACAAACACAAGCAACUUUAGGUCGUCGCAAGGCCUCCAUCUGUACGCGCGGAUAUUCACGGGCACGCCCCGCGCAAAGAAGGGGACAUAAUCCAUACAUACGACAUAACAAGUUACUAUUACGUCCUGCAGGUUACCGAUAAUCUCCCUUUUGUUAAAGGCUAGGAAACUCUACGCUCCCGACUUGAACUUGAGCAGAAGUGGGACGUCAUUCUCAAACUGGUAAAAGGAGUACAAUCCCGUACUUGUAACAACACCAUUGGAGGGGGGGGGGGCGGGUAUGAUACUGAAGAUGGAAUACAACAUGGGGCGCGAGUCUCAAACUGAUAUACAUGUGCACUGUGCGGCAUGAGACACGUUUCUAUGAAAUGGAAAUUACAUAUUAGAAUGUGUGUCACUGGGUCAUGUUAGUUAAUUAGGGAGGAUUCAGUUUUAUUUUUUACUCGCACAGCAUUCUCACAAACAUUUCUACUUAUGCCAGCACACUUUGGGAACCGCUGGAUCUAUUUAAGAAAUGUGUUUUGUUGUGCGUGAAAUCGAAUUACGGGGAUUUUAGCCGUGUGGAUUAGUGUAACAUUCGGUUUAAAGUAGGCCUAUGUGGAUACUGUUACAUAAUAUGGAUGUGUACAUAGUUCAUUUAGCGUUGCGGUUUUUGUUCCCCUCCAUAUGCGAGGAAUAGUAAUAAAAUAUGUUAGUUAUAUAUUCGCAUGCAUAAUCUCUGCUGCAGGACUUAAUUUAUUAUACCAUGGACCGGAUCUCACAAGUACUAAUCACGGAGGGAAUCACAUGAGCAUGUGUAAAUUACAAUUAUAUUGUAUGAGGUAUGAGUACAUUACCAAUGAAGAGAUGACAUUAGUACAUGACCAUAGAAAUCCUCCAAAGACACGGCAAUGUUCGUCCUUGAGCUGUAUUUUAUGUGAGGCAAGAGUUGCUCAGUUCGUCAACCUCACUGUCUCCUCCUCGUCUUGCUUUUUCAAAUGGUAAGACUUAGCCAAGACGACUGGGAAAUAGAUCAUACUGAGUUGCCAGAAUUUUCAUUGUGUUUUGUUGUUUUUUUUGUUGUUGUUGCUUGGCCAGACUUUUGCUAGGGAUCGAACUCCGGUCCACAAACUUGGGAUUGGAUCAGUACGACCACUCGGCCACUCUACCACUAAUGACUUACCACACUACCUUCUCACUCAAUGCUCAGACUGUAAACGCUAACAAUAUAGCGUGUACCCAAAUGACAAGACUGCAGACACUACGUCAUAGCUACAAAACUGCACUCAAAACACAUCUCUUUAAACUAUACCACCCUGACUGAUUCGUCCUCCUCUGACCGAUAAUGAUCUUGUUGGCUGCCGUCCAUGAUUUGCCUUGUAAAAGUCCUGGGGUUCAUGCUGUUCUUUAUAUCAAAAUUGUAUUUGAUUUUAAUGUCAUGAUUAUGUCUCUUUUGAUAAUAUUUUUAUGUACAGCGCGGUGAGCCCAGCCCUAGGCUGGGGUACCGCGCUAUAAAAGACCACUAAUUAUUAUUGUUAUUAUUAUUACAUAAAAAUCGCGCCACAGUACGUCGCAAGCCUGAUGGCGCCAAAAAGCGUUCAUUAACCAAAGUAAAACACAAGACACACGGCGCACAAUAAAUCACCCCAUUCGGUGCGAAACAAUUUCAAGACAGUGGAAUUCUCGUCUCUGAAUCAAAAAACCUUGUGGUAGACCAAGGAUAUUCAGCUCUAAAAAAAAAAAUCAUAUUGAAUUUCUAUAUUACAGUAAACAGCGCGAUGAUGUAGUCAGUGAUUGAGAAAAAUGACAUUUGGCUAAAAAAAAAAAAGGGGGGGGGGGGGGGUCGAGGGGCUAAGAUCAAGAACUCUUUGAGAUCCAUAACAAUGGUUUAAGUUAUCUGCAUUUUUUUAAACCUCAAAUUUAUGUGUCUAUGUUUAGUAGCUGAUGCCUUGUGUGCAUGUGAUUUCACUAUUGUGAGACUGGCAUUAUAUAAACCAACAAAUUUCAAGAUAUAUUAUAAUAUAAUUCCUAAGCGCAUCUUGUCCGCCCCCGCUCUCAUUGCGCAAAGCGAUGCGCUCUCAUUUGCUGCUUCCCCCGUCGUACGCACAAUAAGCACUCAAAAUAACACCGAUAGAGUCAACACAACUAAGCAUUGGUGGAUAUAUGGAACGCCAUCUGGAAUUAUUAUUAUGAAGCAUGCUCUUCUUUCCGUAUUAUACUCACGCAACGGGGUUACUUUGACACAGCUAGUAAAUAACAACAAAAAUGUACUACCAGCAUCGUCUUGAUAAAAUAGUACUUAAAUAUGCCAACAGAUCGUCUUAUUAUUUCAAACUUUCACAAUUUUUUUACGUGAUUUUCUCGUUUAUUAUUUCCAUGUUUAAGCCCCUGCCAUUGUUAAUCAAGUAACAUUGUCAUUCAAUAAAAUAAAUAAAAAAAAAAAAAAAAUCUGGAUAUGUAUGGAACACUCCUGACUCUUAUGGAACACUCCUGACUUAACAUCUCUUAUGGUUUGUAUAAUUUUCCCCAAGGAGGAAUCCUAUUAGCUCUCUCAUAUUUGCCAAUCAUUGUUAAAAAAAUAAAUUUAAACACAAAAUUAAUUCUUUUUAAAAUACUUAUUAAAUUAUUAAAUUUCAAGGACUCGGAUAUCUAUUACUACCAAUAUUUUGAGAGAAGUUGACCCAAUUUCUCCUUUCUCAGACCUAAGUCCCAGUGUUUUCGUUAAUGCGCAGAAGAGCAAGUUAAUUGAACACAAAAUAUUCAUGAAUCUAUUUUUUUUUUUUUUUUUUUUUUUGGUCGUUUCAGUUAACAGUAACAGCCUAGAGGUAAACAUUAGUUCCACCAGCAAUUUUCCCGAUCACGAAGAAGUGGCAAACGUUUUACUUACUUUCAUCAGAAAUUCGAUUAUUAUACAGAGCAAGUGUUAAGACCUGUUAACUGUACUUGUAAGUCAAUUUAUCUCCUCCAUAACGAAAGAAUCCUAGCAACGCCAUACUUCAUACAUCGCGUACGCUAUUCGUCCUUUUAAAAGGAAAAUAUCCCCCCCCCCAAAUAUCCCCCUCUCUCUCUCUCUCUCUCUCUCUCUCUCUCUCUCUCUGUGUGUGUGUGUGUGUAUAUCUCUAUCUCUUUCUCAUUUAUUUAACCCCCCACCCCUUUAAAAGCCCAAACGCCCUCUUAAAAAAAAGAUAAAAAGAAAGAAUAUUAAAAAAAAAAUAGAGAACGAAUUAACUGGGAAUUAUCACUGUUUUUCUUUGUUCCAUUUAAGUUUAUCUUGACUAUGAAAGAAUGACUUCAGAAAGGUAUAAGCUGUCGCAAUCGUACAAGUUGAUGCACCCUUAUCCCGUCUCAUGAUGGGGUGGGUGGAGGGGAUAUACAAUUAUUUAUCUUAACGGAUUGAGGAUUGAGGCGAAGACGAAGACUUAACAGAUAAUAAUAAAGAAUCCAAGAUAAGAGAUUAGCAAUUGGAAAAGGAAGUAAGGGGUGGGUGGGUUGAGGUGGAAAUAAAAUGUAUUGUGUACCUAUCAGUAGAACUUACCUGUCAGUUCCCAUGUGUGCUCAAUACCUGAUGCGCGUGUUGGAGUGACAUUCCCCGGCUCGCACACACAUACAUACACACACACUCGCACACAGGUACACGCACACACCCACACUAACACACAAAUACACAUACACACCAAACCUUAGAGGAAGUGAGAAACUAACAAACUUGGCCCCCGUCCAACUUUGAAAUCGAAAUCCGUGGCAGCACCCUGGCCAGGAAUUGUUGGCAUCGUCUUUGCCCUGGUGGAGAUUUCGGCGAGUGAUGUGUGUCGUGUACGGGGGGAGGGGGGUGGGCGCUAAGAUAUGAAAUUAUCGAUAAAGCGUUCAAAAUACAUAUCUUUGACAGUGUCCUUUUGCCUGGCUUUGCUGGAAUUAUUGGCUCUUUGCACUUUUUUUUUUUUACAACGCUUCGUGGUCUGCUGUUGUAAAAUAAAAUAAAAUAGUUACAACUUACUAAUUAAUGUGUCCGUGUAAGUAUUUUUUACAAUAAAGGUUACAUUUGUUGAGAAGAUGAACUCGUGACAGCCCAUCUCCUUUUAAUUUGCCACCGAGCGCACCAACCUCUUUACUAUGUUACUUCACGUGUUACACACCACUACCCCCUCUCCCCCCCCCCCCCCCCCCACCCCCAUGAUACAUCACAGCAAACUUUUUAUUUCACGCCCAUUAACUAUAUUAAAUAUUCUGAUGUCCCAGCCGCGUUGAAACCGAAUAUUUUUCCACCGUAUUUAAAUUGAGAAAAUUUCAUCUUCCGAAAAGAAAAUAUUAUGCACCAAACGCAGUUACGUUAUAUGUAAAAAAAAAAAAUCAUUUAGCUUAGGUAUCGGGAAUUAUAUUUUGCGCGCUAUUGAACUCAUUAUUGAACGAUACUUUCUUUCAAAUAUUUAGAAUUAUUUUUAAUAUACUCUCACUACCCAGUACGCUGAUUAGGAAGCAGUCCACGAGUCACACCAGAAGCGUAACAUAUGUACGAGAUCCUCGGGUUUUAAAUCACAUUUUUACACACCCCGUGGUGCACUUAAAAGUUUACCAUUUUACGCACCAAAUGCUACGCACCACUGCUACAAAUAACUUUUCUGUCUUCCCCAGACAACAGACGCUGUCACCACCGCCCCGCUGAAGCUGAUAGUCAGCACAGUUGAUCAGGUGGGUCUUGUCUUUGUUCUUUUCAUCGUGUGUGACCAUAUCUUUCUAGUAUUUCUCACCAUUUUGCUCAUGUGUGCGUGAGUGAAUGUGUGUGUUUGUGUGUAUGUGUCACCAUGUCUUUCUAGUAUUUCACACCGUGUUGCUCAUGUGUGUGUGUGUGAGUGAAUGUGUGUUUGUGUGACCAUAUCGUUCUAGUAUUUCACACCAUGUUGCUCAUGGCAGUGUGUGUGAGUGAAUGUGUGUGUUUGUCACCAUAUCUUUCUAGUAUUUCCCACCGGGUUGCUCAUCAAGAUAUAAUACAGUGCCUAUAAAGCAUGUGUGUUGCUAUUUUAAAAUCAAGUCUAAAAUGAUACUUUGGGGGGGGGGGGGGUGAAACAUCCACACAUGAGAUUGAUUUCAUUGUACUUAGAUCCGAGAAUAAAUCUAGACCUACGGCAUGAUGGUAACAACAUCACAUAAACCAAAGUUAAUGGUAUGAUGGUAACAGCAUGUCACACAACCCAUACACCGAUGGUAUGAUGGUAACAACAUCACAUAAACUAAAGUCAAUGGUAUGAGAAAAAAAAACAACAUCACAUAAACUAAAAUCAAUGGUAUGAUGGUAACAACAUCUCAUAACGUCAGAAUCACCGGAGGAUGGGUAUUAACUUUCACUAAGCUAGAUCAGGGGGUUGGGAUCAAGCGGCUGGUGAGCCGCAUGUUGCUCUUUCAUCGUUCUCUUGUAGCUUUUGGAUGCUGCUAGUUCCUAGAUCAAAAUUUAAUAUUUGGCUCCUCUUGUCCUAAGACGGUUCCCGAGACCUGAUCUUUAGAUCAGUGUUAUGGCGGUAACAACGUCACGUGACACAAUGACUCUUAUCACCUUCCAGGAGCCUUUCAUUACCCGCGAGCCCACCGCCCAGGGGGAGAAGUACAGUGGCUACCUGGUCGACCUUCUGAACGAGGUGUCCAGGCGGGCAGAGUUCACCUACGAGUUCAAGCAGUCGUCAGAUGGAACCAUCGGGGCGAACAGACCCACCGGCUGGACUGGGGUCAUCGGUGACGUCAUUUCCGGGGUGAGUGGACAAUUUUCAGGUUGUCGUUUUUUUUUCUCCAUAAUUAUACUGUGCGGUCAUGCUAGUUCAUUGUUUUGCGUUUUCACAUUCACAUGCCUAAAAAAUGACUUUACAACUGUUUCCGGUAUCAGAAAGCCGAUAUUGGCGCCACGGCCUUGACAGUGACCCCACAGAGGGAGGAGGUCGUUGACUUUACCAAGCCAUUCAUGUCCAACAGCGUCAACCUUCUCGUCCAAAAGCCCACGUGGACUGACCUUGGCCUUGGCUAUCUAGUCCGACCUUUCUCAGCUGGUGAGUCUUUUGACAGAUUAAAUUAUACAUAUUUAUAUACAUAUAUAUAUAUUUAUAUAUUAUUUUGUUGCAUUUGUAACUAGCUAGCUCAAAGUGCUGACCAAAACAAUACAUAGAAAUGCAAAUUUUCACCCCAAGAAAUAAAAUAAAUAUUACAGAAGCCUUGGCCUUAAUUCUGAAUCAUACAGAAAGACGGGGAAUGCUUGAGUAAUCUGAUCUCUAUUACAGCUAAGAAACGUAAGAAGUUAUUUUAAAGAAAUAUUUAUUUCGAUUUCAGCUAAUAAAUAUAAUAAAGCAUCUAUGGUUUCUAAAAGCGAACAAAUAAACACACAGCCAACAACAAAUGCAAGCGAAACAACUCAUCUCUUAAGAUUGUGGUAAAUUUGUUAAGAAUUUGAAAGAGGAGGCAAUAGCACAUUAUAAAAAUGCAGCCUUUUUAAAAAAAAAAUGGUUGUCUCGCUUGCUCACACUUAUCCUGUUAAUUUAAACAUUCGGACACUGCUCAAUGUCCUGAAAAUGCAACACAGAUCCACAGUUCGCCUAUCCAAGCAAUAGUUUCAGGUACAGGACAGUUAUGGAGGCUUUUUGGAACUGACAUAAUAAACAUCGUGCACCCCAUUAUUUUUUUUUUUAUAAUAUAUAAUAAAUGGAUACAUUAAUCAUACCAUACUUUCUUACAACAUGCGACAUAGCUAUAGAUGGACUUAAGAGAACAUUUUCAACAUUCUUUAUAAAGCAUCGAAAUCCUUUUGCAAAAAUCCUAUUUGGUAUGAUAUAAAUAGUGGAGCAAGGUAAAUGUGGAAUUUUUGACAGGAUCCCCCCCCCCCCAAAAAAAAAAAAAAAAUUUGAAAAAAUCCUAUUUGGUAUGAUAUAAAUAGUGGAGCAAGGUAAAUGUGGAAUUUUUGACAGGAUCCCCCCCCCCCCCCAAAAAAAAAAGAAAAUUUCGGCUCAGAAGACAGGACAAAUGAAGAAGUGAGGAAGGCUCUUAAACGUUAUUCUUUUAUUGUCCUGUCUUUCUAUUUCAAGCCUCCACACAAAUCUUGUUCUGCUAUUUGCUUCACACAGCUUGAACGCAGUCCUUCAUUUAUUAUCCUUUAAUAUGAUGUGAGACUAAUUGGAAACUGCUACAUUCGCCAGUCAGGGCCGGGUCAGGGUACCGGCAACUCGGGAAGUUCCCCGGGGCGCCAUGUGCUUAGGGUGCAACCAAAUAUCUUCCAAAAUAGGAAAAAUCAGUGCACGUGGGCGCCAUGGACGAAAAAUGGAAAGUGUAAUCAAAUGAAUUGCCGUUCUAAAUGCUAGAAAAAAUAAAAUGUCAUUGGUAGGCAAAUUGUUCAUUUUUCCCACAGUAGGCUAAUUGUUCAUUUUUCCCACAGUAGGCUAGUUGUUCAUACUGCCCACGGUAGGCUAAUUGUUCAUUUUUCCCACAGUAGGCUAAUUGUUCAUACUGCCCACAGUAGGCUAAUUGUUCAUACUGCCCACGGUAGGCUAAUUGUUCAUACUGUCCAUGGUAGGCUAAUUGUUCAUACUGCCUACGGUAGGCUAAUUGUUCAUACUGCCCACGGUAGGCUAAUUGUUCAUACUGCCUACGGUAGGCUAAUUGUUCAUACUGUCCAAAUACAAGUAAAGAAAAGCAAUUUGAUUUUACAUUGUUAACUAGGUAAUAAACUCAUCAACUAAUCCACAGUUUUUUUCCUCGCACACUUUUUUAUGAUUAUACUUAAAAGGGGAGUCAAAUUUAAGCUUGCCCGGGGCGCCAGCAACCGUAGGGCCGGCCCUGACGCCACUGGUGCACUGAGGUAUGACUUUCCUCUAACCCUCCAACAAACCUCUACACCUACACACACUAUGACCUUUGACCCUACUCACCCCACUUCCAUGACCCUACCUCUGACCUCUGACAGACUACUGGAUCAUGAUCCUGGUGGUCCUACUGCUCAUCGGCAUCGUGUUCUUCAUCAUCGGCAAGUUCAGCCCGUACGAGUGGGGCAACGUGGCCGCCGACCGUGAUCCCAGAGGGGCGAAAAACAGCUUCACCCUGAGGAACAGCUACCUCUUCGUCCUCAGUACACUCACAUGGCAAGGUUGGUGUGCAUGUACAUGUGUACGCGCUGUUCAUCUGUGUACAUGUUCUGUUAUUAGGUAUAAGUACUAGAAUUCGAAAAAGAUACUGUAUUGUUUUAAAUUGGAAAUUAUUCUCAUCGAUUAGAGGCAACUUAAAGUUUUUUGGAGAAGAUAAUUCUCACUCACAUCAUGGGAUAACCAGAAACAAUUUUUUGUGUGCUCAAGAUCAGCAUUUCCCAAACGUAUGUUUUCGUGACUCUGUUAUUUUUAUACUUCUCCUUCGUGGCCCAUUAACAUUUGUAUCGCCUAUACCGGCAUAUAGGUUAUAUACUACUGAUAGGAAUGUCCACACAGCUUUCGUAUAUCAUGAUAAAGCUUUUACUCGUACAAGACUAAAUACGUCACACUUCCCCCAAAAUUGUAUUAACGGGUAUAUCACGAUAAUCUAACCAAGAUUUUAAAACUUCCUUUUUUUUUUUAAACUUUCCUCCGUGACCUGGUAAGUUUGCUUUUGUGGUCCGGUACCGGGUCACGACCCGGCAUUUGGGAAACGCUGCUCUAGGUGCAGAAUACCGCAGCACGCAUUGUACCGCGGAUAACGAAAUCUGACCACAUGAUCACCCCAGUUCUUAGGGAUCUCCAUUGGCUUCCUGUAAGUGAGCGCAUUAACUAGAAAAUUCUGUCCCUGGCGUACAGCUGUAUUGAAGGCUCUGUCCCUAGCGUACAGCUGUAUUGAAGGCUCUGUCCCUGGCGUACAGCUGUAUUGAAGGCUCUGUCCCUGGCGUACAGCUGUAUUGAAGGCUCUGUCCCUGGCGUACAGCUGUAUUGAAGGCUCUGUCCCUGGCGCACAGCUGUAUUGAAGGCUCUGUCCCUGGCGCACAGCUGUAUUGAAGGCUCUGUCCCUGGCGCACAGCUGUAUUGAAGGCUUUGCUCCGGAAUAUCUUAAAGAACUGAUUUAUAAACACGUAUCCUUAAAGAUCCUGCGGUCUCCAACACAGUCCUUAAUGAGAGUUCCCAGUGUGGAUGGACACAGUGCGGUCUCCAACACAGUCCUUAAUGAGAGUUCCCAGUGUGGAUGGACACAGUGCGGUCUCCAACACAGUCCUUACUGAGAGUUCCCAGUGUGGAUGGACACAGUGCGGUCUCCAACACAGUCCUUGCUGAGAGUUUCCAGUGUGGAUGGACACAGUGCGGUCUCCAACACAGUCCUUGCUGAGAGUUCCUAGUGUGGAUGGACACAGUGAGGUGUCCAACACAGUCUUUGCUGAGAGUUCCCAGUGUGGAUGGACACAGUGCGGUCUCCAACACAGUCCUUGCUGAAAGUUCCAAGUGUGGAUGGACACAGUGCGGUCUUCAACACAGUCCUUACUGAGAGUUCCCAGUAUGGAUGGACACAGUGCGGUCUCCAACACAGUCCUUACUGAGAGUUCCCUGUGUGGAUGGACACAGAACAAAGUCUUGCGGAGUGCGCUCUUUUGAAGCGAUAGCACCAAAUUAUGAAACAGCUGCCCCAAUCUUUGAGGGAAAAUGAAAAUGAUAAAAAAUCAUUUAAGAAACAUUCAAAGACAUUUUUUAAAUUUAAAUAGAUUUUAACAACAUCAGAGAGCCUUGAGCAUGCUAAAGUAGCAUGGAUACAAGCGCUAUAUAAAUAUUCAAUUAAAUUCAACUUCUAGCCAACGUGUUUUAGAUCUAGUGGAAUAGAUAAAUGGGGUAAAUAUAGUUGUCUUGAAAAUUAUUUAAAAAGCAACCUGUUCAGUAGAGAAAACAGUACUAAACAAGAUGUCACAAUGGAUAGUUCUUAUCUGCAGUACUAAACAAGAUGACACAAUGGACAGUUCUUAUCUGCAGUACUAAACAAGAUGUCACAAUGGAAAGUUCUUAUCUGCAGUACUAAACAAGAUGUCACAAUGGACAGUUCUUAUCUGCAGUACUAAACAAGAUGUCACAAUGAAAAGUUCUUAUCUGCAGUACUAAACAAAAUGUCACAAUGGACAGUUCCUAUCUGCAGUACUAAACAAGAUGACACAAUGGACAGUUCCUAUCUGCAGUACUAAACAAGAUGACACAAUGGACAGUUCCUAUCUGCAGUACUAAACAAGAUGACACAAUGGACAGUUCCUAUCUGCAGUACUAAACAAGAUGACACAAUGGACAGUUCCUAUCUGCAGUACUAAACAAGAUGACACAAUGGACAGUUCCUAUCUGCAGUACUAAACAAGAUGACACAAUGGACAGUUCCUAUCUGCAGUACUAAACAAGAUGACACAAUGGACAGUUCCUAUCUGCAGUACUAAACAAGAUGACACAAUGGACAGUUCCUAUCUGCAGUACUAAACAAGAUGACACAAUGGACAGUUCCUAUCUGCAGUACUAAACAAGAUGACACAAUGGACAGUUCCUAUCUGCAGUACUAAACAAGAUGACACAAUGGACAGUUCCUAUCUGCAGUACUAAACAAGAUGACACAAUGGACAGUUCCUAUCUGCAGUACUAAACAAGAUGACACAAUGGACAGUUCCUAUCUGCAGUACUAAACAAGAUGACACAAUGGACAGUUCCUAUCUGCAGUACUAAACANCUAUCGUCUACAUGUCACACAGCCGAGAUUUAUACAAUCACACUAUCGUCUGAUUGAUUGAUACUAUGAAAUGUUGAUCAUUUAAACGUUUUCUGAUUUAUUGACCAUACAUAUUAUAAAUAGUGUUGCGUCCAUAUAACCAUUUUUUGUUUGUUUUAUUUUGUUUGAACAACAGGCCUGAACAGAUGCCAAAUAUGCCUUUUAGGACUUACGAAGAACUUUUCGAGAGCUCAGAUAUCCGUGUUGGUGCCUUAAGCUUUGGCUCCACGGAGGUAAGUGUGCAGCACCCGACAACUAACCAGUGUAAAUAGACAUGAUAUUUUCGCUACGCCAAAUGCAGGAGAAAUGUCGUGAACAGUAUAUGCCUCUUUAUAUUGCCUUCAUAGACCUGACCAAGGCAUUGGACUCGGUAAGUCGAAGAGGCCUUUUCAGUAUCUUGCAAAGAAUAAGUUGUCCCCCACGACUGCUCACAAUAAUACAGUCAUUUCACAAAAACAUGCACAGCACAGUAACUUUCAAUGGCACUGUCUCUGAGUCAUUCCCAGUUAGCAGCGGAGUAAAACAGGGUUGUGUACUAGCACCAACUCUCUUUUCCAUUUUCUUUUCAAUGCUCCUUCAAUUUGCCUUCAGUGACUGUGAAAAUGUAGUGUACGUCCAUACAAGAUCUGAUGGAAGACUGUUCAAUAUCGCCCGCCUUCGUGCAAAGACCAAAGUAAAAAAGGUGCUGAUUCGUGAACUGCUGUUCGCUGACGAUGCCGCCUUAACAUCUCACACAGAAGAAGGUCUGCAGGGGCUGGUUAAUCGUCUAUCACACGCUUGUAAAGAGUUUGGCCUUUCGAUUAGUCUACAGAAAACUCAUGUAAUGAUGCAAGAAGCACCGUCCCCUCCAAUCAUAUCUAUUGAGGGUCAUAACCUUUCGGUUGUUGAUCAUUUCAUAUACCUGGGAUCCAAUAUUUCUAGUUCUCUCUCCGUUGAUGAAGAGAUAAAUAUCAGGAUCACAAAAGCAGCAGCUCCUAUGGCUAAACUGAAUAAGUGGGUGUGGAAUAAUCUCAAUCUAACUGAUAAAACAAAAAAUAAGUGUCUAUCAGGCAUGCUAACUUAGCGCGCUCCUAUAUGGACCACAUAUACCAGUCAGGAGCGGAAACUCAACAGCUUCCACCAAAGAUGCCUGCGUCGCACUUUGCUCAUUCGUUGGCACGACAGGGUGCCUAACGUAGAGGUUUUGGAACCUGCACACAUGUUUAGCAUAUUCUCCUUUCUUAUCAAGAGGCGCCUUCGCUGCUAAGGUCAUGUAUGGAGAAUGGAGGAAGGACGUAUCCCAAAGAUACUGCUAUAUGGAGAGUUGGCAGAGGGGACAAGACAUAUUGGACGACCGCGUCUGAGAUUUAUUGACGUUUGCAAACGAAGCAUGAGGGAAGCCAAUAUUGAAACAAACGAAUGGGAGUUCAUUGCCGAACAAAGCUCCGAAUGGUGAACAGUAGUGUUUGAAGGAGUAAAAAUAGGCAGAAGAUACUCGAAACGAGGCCCUUGAAUCAAAAAGAGCAAUUCGGAAAUCAAGAUCUUACCGGGAUUCAAUAUUCUCCUGCGAGAGAUGCGGCCGUGAUUACCAUUCUAGGAUUGGCAUAGUGAGCCACUCGUCAAAGUGUAGAACUAUAUAGCUACUCUAUCGUCUCACGUAGACGGAAGGAUGCCAUAUAACCAGUGUAAAUAGAACCGACAACUAACCAGUGUAAAUAGCACAGACAACAAACCAGUGUUAUUAGCACCGACAACUAACCAGUGUGAAUAGCACCGACAACUAACCAGUGUGAAUAGCACCGACAACUAACCAGUGUGAAUAGCACCGACAACUAACCAGUGUGAAUAGCACCGACAACUAACCCGUGUAAAUGGCAACGACAACUCAUCACUAGUUUAAAUACCAUAAAUAACUAACCAGUGUAAAUAUCUUUGUAUCUUAAUUCAUGGUAAAUUCCUGCUAUGGAUCGCCCAAGCUGGCGAGGAAGACUCACCUGGUUGAAGCACAUCAAAAGGCUAAACCGCUAAUUGCCAAGGAAUCCGCACAGCAAGAAAAAUCAAAAUCGUCUCUAAUCCCUCUAGGAACCUCCACCCCCACAGUGUGUCCUAAAUGCAGGGAAGCUUUCCAUGCACAAAUCGGACUGUCCGGCCACCUGCGUACUCACCGUUGAAUAUAGCCUUGUUCAUUUUCGCAUGCCAAGGACGAACAACAACAAGUCUAUAUCUGAUGCACCCACCUUGUUCUGUCGAACGCCAAGAUUUAACCCAAAAUGUUAACGAAGUGAUAGAAUAGACCUACAUCUCUCACCCGACGUCUAGUUCAACUAUUUUUGGACACAGAGCUGUUUCAUUAAAUGCCGUCACCAUUUCCAAUCCAAGGCCCGAUGCAUUUGAUAUUUUAAACAAAUAUUUAUCUAUUUUUCCCUGCAAAUGAGAAGGAUGAAUCUCCCCCCCCCCCCCCCCCCCCCCCCCCCCCGUUUUUUCCCCGCCAACCCAUUUUAAAAAAAUAAAGGAAUAGUUAUACAGAUAAAAAUAAAGGAAUAGUUAUACAGAUAAAAAUAAAGGAAUAGUUAUACAGAUGAAAGUAAAGGAAUAGUUAUACAGAUGAAAGUAAAGGAAUAGUUAUACAGAUGAAAGUAAAGGAAUAGUUAUACAGAUAAAAGUAAACAUUCUAUUCAUCACAAUAAAGGUCUCACAAAAAAAAGCAAAUACAUUCUGCAGCAGGAAGAAAAUGACGCCCCUCUAUGCAUAGAACCCCCACCCCCCUCCCCGCUUUUCCGGGGCGGAUCUACCCACUAACGAACCUCUUCUUACACCAGUGAAAAGAACUUUAAAAUUUUUUUUUUUUAACAAAGGAAACAUUUCUUAACGUAGUAUAACAAAUUAAAUGCCACUAGGACCAGUAAACAAAACGAAUUUAAAACAAACAGAAGGUUUUAAAACUUACCUAGCAGGAAUAAUUAGAACAACUUAUUAUUUUAAUUUUUUUUUUUUAUUUCAAUCUCUGUAUGUUUUAUCUCAAAGUAUCAAUUGAGGACAAGUCGUGGUACAACGCUGAAGGCACUGUACAACAAAAUCAGCUCUCAGAACACCUGGGUGGAGAGCUACAAGGAGGUAAGCGAAACAUAAGGGGAAGGGGGGAGGUGUCACAAGAACGAAAGCUGUCCAGUCUGGCAUUACAGAUGAAAGAAAUGUUCGGGGAGCCGUCAUUUUUUUUUUUUAAUAUUUAUUUCUUAAAAUGUUAAUAUUAAUAGUGGGGCCAUUUGACUCAAGGGUGUAAGGGUUCGAGAGUUAGUGGGACCAUUUGACUCAAGGAAGAUAAGGGGUCGAGAGUUAACGGGACAAUUUGACUCAAGCGAGAUAAGGGGUCGACAGUUAUAAGGAGAAUUUGACUCAAGGGAGAAAAGGGACGAACGUUAGUGGGACCAUUUGACGUAGAUGAGAGGGGGGGGGGCACAAUUUUGUCGGCGUCAUUUGACUGGGGCCUUACUUUCACAGGGCAAUCAACUAAACUAAGGGUUGGUGUGAAAAGAUCAGUAAUAGAAUAAGCCUAUAUUCUUAAAAUGUUUAAGCAAAAAUUCCCGGUUACAAUUAUAACAGCUUUUAAUUCUAAUUUGGAAUUUAACAAAAAAAUUAUUAGAAGUAUCACCCCCCCCCAAACCCCACCCCAUCCACGCGCCCUAAUCUCACAUGCACAAAAAUAUAAAUAAAAUUAAAUUAAAUAAUGGGUCUGGACUCCAGGAUAAAACUUUUCGUCUGUCACAUUUAUGUCACAAAUUCCUAGUUAUUAAAUGUUUUGUGAAUGUGUUAGUAGAUAUAUUAAUAUGUGCCAAUGUCUACGUAUCACAGGGAGUCUCCCGCGUCAAGGCUGCCAAAGGUCAUUUUGUUAUGUUCAUGGACUCCACCAGUGCCGAGUACUUCGCCAGGCAUAACUGUGAUCUCAUGAUCUACGGUGAGAACCUCUUCCCCUCAUCGAUGGCCUUCGCUGUCAAAAAGGGAUCCGUCUGGAGGUAAGUUAAAAAUGGGGGCGGUUUGUCUGUUUGAAGCCAGGGGCGCCAGCAUCAGGGUGGGGAGCCAAAUUCGUCUUACAAAUGAAAUGGACAUUUGUUGUUGAAUGUAGAUUUAUCUGGUCCGAGUGGUAUAGUAAUGGACCUGUUUAGUUCAGGGGUACAUUAAAUAUAGAAUGAUAAAUCUAGUCAUCAAGUAUGUUUAUAAAGAAAUGCUCGUCUUGUCCUUCGUAUGUUAAGAGAUGGGUUUUAUGUCCAUAGAAAGCAGAAGAAAAUGUUGUUCGUUUCUAGGGAGCUUGUGAUAACUUUAGGAAUAUUAUACAUUGAAAAUAGCAUCUCUUUUCUGGAAAAAAUGUGGUUUGCCCGUCGCACGCGAAGAUAACAAAGCCAAUGUUUGACUAUAGUGGCAGCCUUGACUUCAGCUGUAUUUUUUUAUAGAUAGUGGGGGGGGGAGGGGCGUUGUUCAGUUAGUCAGCCUCACUCUCUCGUCCUUGCCUAUUUGAUCCAUUGGCAAGACUCAGUCAAGACGACAGGAAAUAGACCAGGAUGCAGUAGAUGUGGUUUGCCCGUCGCACGCGAAGAUAACAAAGCCAAUGUUUGACUAUAGUGGCAGCCUUGACUUCAGCUGUAUUUUUUUAUAGAUAGUGGGGGGGGGGGGGCGUUGUUCAGUUAGUCAGCCUCACUCUCUCGUCCUUGCCUAUUUGAUCCAUUGGCAAGACUCAGUCAAGACGACAGGAAAUAGACCAGGAUGCAGUAGAUGACACCCUGUGUUGUUGUUAAUUUUUUUUUUUUAUUUGAGUGUUAAAAUGUCUUCUUCGAGUUUAGAAGUUACCUCUAUUUCCAUUGAGUCAAUGUCAUACUGCCUACGGGAUUCCAUCUCCGGGUUUGAUUUCAGAUUUUUUUUUUUUUUUUCAUGAAAAGUACAUACAAGAGUGAAGCAAGUGUACACCAACUCGAAACAAUCUUGGGUUCAACCUCAUUGGAGUUAGAAAUAUAUGUUAUGAAAUUUGUGUAUGUUUACCGAUUAUUUGGAAAAACUUUAAUGUAGAGCAUUUACAAGUUACUGUUGAAUUUAAGGAACAAGAUCAACGAUGCCCUCGUUGAGCUGCAGGAGGAAGGUUUCUUGACCCAGCUUAAGGACAAAUACUGGCGUUUCAGUGGAGCCUGUUCCAACAUUGACGGCAGGAAGUUCCAGGAGACAGGUAAGUGGCACGGUGUCACUGUAACAGAUUUGUUUAUCAUAGAACUACCGAAUAUUGGGGCUUUACCUGUAGAAAUCAGGGUGGCCUUAUGAUCAUUUAACAAAGUCAUAUUGACAAACCCGUUAGGAUAUUUACUUAUAAUUGUUUUUUAGCUUUUUAAGUUUAUUUCUAAAUUUGGGGAGAACAAAAAAAAGUACUCUGUAUAAAAAAUUGAUUAAAUCUUUGUUAUAGAGUGUGUGUUCACGUAGUUUUUGUUCACCACAAAUCAUCUCAUUCAACUGUACAAUCCCUCCCUAUUUUGUAUUUUGAUAGAGACGUCUCCGAUUAAAUGUGUAGAACCAGUCCAUUUGAUCCACCCUUCCCUUGACUGGGAAAAGUUUGUUAACGUUCGAAUACGUUCUAUUUUUUUCUAAAGAAUGCUAUCAGGUUGCGCUAUUUCUAGUGGGUUUUUUUUUUACAUGAGUACUCUAACCUUCACACUAUGCAUAAGACGGCAGCCUUCCAAUUGAAAAGAGAUAUUUGCUAUUUUUCCUAGACAUUUACGAGACGUAAUAUACUCUUUAUCUGUAUACCUAAAUCAAUAUUUGUAGAUUUCGAGGAUUGUACUUUUUCACGUUCUGUGCCGUAAAUUGUUACCUGUAUUUUAUCUCCGUCCAUUUGAUUUUGUAUUUUAUACAACUUUAAUCGUACCAUUAAAUUUAAAAGCGUUAGUAUCACUAGCGUUUGGCAUCAUUUGUCUUUGUGUGCUGGGUUUCACCUUUGCUACCCCUUGUUCAACACCCGAGCCAAACCUUAAAACUGAUUAAACCUGCGAAACCCCAUUUAACAUUUUUGGGCCUUGAUAUAUGUUUAAAAUAAAAUAUUGUUAGUUGUCAAGCCUGAUAGAAACCGUUAAUAAAGUUUAACUUCUCUGUGUCAAUAGUUUAGUCGUGAACAGUGCGUUGGGGACCGGUAUUAUAAAUACCAGGUAUUGAAAUCAAUGGACCGUGACCCACAAGUUGAGAUUGUUAUUUUUAUAUACUGAGUCUGGCAUUGGCCAACACUGAGUUUUAGUCGACGACGGUCUUAAUAAUAAAUAAUAAUAAAGUUCAUUUCAAAAACACGAUUCAUCCCCAAAGGCUCGAAGCACGCUACAAAGUCAACAAAAAACAAAUCUAUAAUUUACCACAUUUAAAACAAACGCAAUACUACAAAACUAAUUACAAGCAUACCAUGUCAAAGUCUUUCAACCCAUUUCAACCAUGAGCAACACAGCUAAUAUGCAUUAAAUGGAAAAUAUGGUAGACAAUCAUCCCAGAAAGUGUUUGCGAAAUAAAUGUGUCUUUAAAUCGGUUUUAAAGGACUCCAGUGUCUGGAUGUUUCUGAGAUCGAGUGGAAGGGCGUUCCAAAUUGUUGGACCAGCAAACGCGAAAGUGCGCUUUCCGCAAGUCUCAAGGCGAGCACGUGGUGUCAAGAGUUUGCCACUGUCGGAUGAGCGGAGUUGUCUAGUGGGUACAUAAGGCGUCAGCAGCUCUUUCAGAUAGGACGGUGCCAGGCCAUGUAGACAGCGGUAGCACAAAGUUGCGAUUUUGUACUCUAUGCGAGCACGCACCGGCAGCCAAUGCAACUCUCUCAGAAGUGAUUUUGCAUGGUCGAACUUGCUUUUGCGGAGAACAAUUCGAGCCGCAUUAUUCUGUGCUAUCUGAAUCUUAGAAGUCAAAAGAAAUGUUAGAAGACAAACUUCUUGUUUUUCGUUCAUCUCUGCUACUGCAGUAAAAUAAACAUUUUUUUCUUCUCUUUCCAUCCACUGGGUUACCUCUGCACUUUGCCCCAUCUACGCCAUCAUAAUCUCUGCUACACUGCAAAAAUAAAAUCCAAGUAUUUUCCUUCCAUCCUAUGGGUUACCUCUGUACUUUGCCCCAUCUACGCCAUCAUAAUCUCUGCUACACUGCAAAAAUAAAAUCCAAGUAUUUUCCUUCCAUCCUAUGGGUUACCUCUGUACUUUGCCCCAUCUACGCCAUCAUAAUCUCUGCUACACUGCAAAAAUAAAAUCCAAGUAUUUUCCUUCCAUCCUAUGGGUUACCUCUGUACUUUGCCCCAUCUACGCCAUCAUAAUCUCUGCUACACUGCAAAAAUAAAAUCCAAGUAUUUUCCUUCCAUCCUAUGGGUUACCUCUGUACUUUGCCCCAUCUACGCCAUCAUAAUCUCUGCUACACUGCAGAAAUAAACCCCAAGUAUCUUCCUCUCAUCAGCUGGGUUCCUCAGCACUCUGCCCAUCUACCCGGUCACCCUAAAGGACAUGGCGGUCGCCAUCUUGUUGCUGUUCCUCGGCUUCAUCGCCGCCAUGGUCUUCCUGGUCAUUGAGAUCGUCCACUACGCCGUCACCAAGAAGGUGAGUAUUUGGGUGAGUACCAUUGGUCAGUCUUGACCAAGGACCAAGGAUCAGCGUCUCGCACGACCUGUGAGCUUGGUAACACGGGUGAGCACGUCAUCCAGACAUGAGCGAGUAUUUUUGAUGUGACUGUGUAUUCGAAUACAAAUAGCCUUGUUAUCAAACACGUAUGUUCGAAUAUUGUUCUUUAAAAUAUCGAUUUAUGGACACCAUGUAAGUAAUCGACUUCAUAUCUAUUUAUCCGAUUUUCUGACAUUUCUUAGAUUUUACAAAUAUUUUCACGCACUCUUUUUUUAUAACUCUUAAAAUUAAAUAUCUUCGGUAGCAACAAUAAAAACAUUUCUUUUUAAAUUCAUAGAGGUGCCAUUAGUUAUGGCUUCCAUUUUAGCUGUGUAAACUUAUUAGCCAUGAAAGCUUUUCAACAAAUAAUAAUAAUAAUAUAAAUAUAAAUAUUUAUAUCUAAAUUAUAAAAUAAUACUAAAUAGAUUAUUUCAAUAUUUUCUAAAAGUAAAAAUUUGUUUUUUUAUGGACUAGACCAGUGGUUCUUAACCUGGGUUCGAUCAGUCAGUCUCAGGGGUUCGGUGGAGGUCCAAAAAAAAUCAGAAAAAAAACAUAUUUUAUUUUUUCUAUUAAGAAGGGUUGGGUGAAUGCGCAUAUGAAACUGGUGGGGUUCAGUACCUCCAACAAGAUUAAGAACUACUGGACUAGACGCAAUCUUAAAGGUUCAGAAAAUGUAUUCAUAAUUAGGAUCAAUAGAUUGAAUACACGCUUCUUCGCUCUGUUUAUAAAUGUAUUUUUAUUAUAAACUCCAGGGCAAGAAGAUUGAGCGCCCAAAGAUCUUGAAGAACGCCCCCAAGAUCUUCCGCCCCAAGACCAAGGCGGCCAAAGCCAGUCCUACUGACGUAGAACUAGGGGAGGAGGCCGGUCCCUCAUCUGAUGGACUCGAGAGUGUCCCCCUGGAGGACGCCGAGGAGCCCGGAGCCAGCAGUGGUGAUGAACUCCGUGGGGAGGAGGCGCAGAAGGCUUAGGUCCCCCUUGUACCAAGAUAAUUUGUUUAGCUAGGUCUUAAUUAACUAAGGUUUCUUGGUCAUUUGUAAAAAAAAAAAAAAACUUAUUUGUGUAAACCGAUUGUGGUUGCAUGAUUAAUUUAAUGAGCCCGUUUAUUCCAAACUUGAGAGCCAGUGUGUGUCUGGGCUUGUGCUUAACCAUCACAUGAGAGCCAUGACGUAAACUAGUGUAGAAUAAAUAAAUAUAACAUUCAUAAAUAAAUUGACAACCACCGAAGAUGAAAAAAAAAACCUGCUGUUAGAUUUUAAUGUCGAUUAAGCUCUGACGAUGGCAAGUCUUGAGAGGAUCAUUUCAAAUUCAAAUAAUUUUGAAUAUUUUUUUAUAAACUCACCUGAAUUUUUUUUUUAUUUGUUUGAAAUAUGACAUUAAAGAUUAGCACCGGAUAAACAAUUUUUAACCGCUACCAUCAUCUUCAACGAAGCCUUUCAGAGAUUGAAGUUUAGCUUAGAUUUGAUUCAUCGUUGUGACAUGUGAUUUGUAAAACUUGUUCUGAUUGGCUAUGAAGAAGGCGAGUGUAGGAAUGAAUAUGACGUCAUUUUCAUUUAUUGUUUUUAAAAAAAAUAGAAAUGUUGUGCUAUUUUAUUUGACAUUUUAACUACUUGAUAGUUUUAUAACUUUUAAAAUCUUUUUAAUUUGUUUUAACUAUUGGAAAAUUCCGUGAGGGAUUUGAUUAUGUGAUCACAAUUUAUUUAUUUUUUUAUUUUACUUUCACGUUGCUUUGUACUUGCGCCUCUCUCACUCUCUCUCUCUCUCUCUCUCUCUCUCCAUCUGUUAGUUAUGAAUGUGUUCCAUUAUUCUCUUCUAUAUCUCAUUCCAUUUUUACGUUAUAUAAGUGAUCCCAUUUUAUCUUAUUUAUAGUAAUUUUUUUUUUGAUUCGCUGCAGAAUCGGCUCUUUCCCCUCCCUUUUUUUAAAUUAUUAUUAUUGUUUUCUAUUCUCAUUUUAAAAAAAAUAUAUUUUUUGUUGGUGGUCUAUUUAUAACAGUAUUGUACUGACACUAUAUGAACAUAGCUUUACAUGUACAAUUUAUUUUGCGAUGUAUGUUUAAAUUUACACGGAGUUUAGUUUAAACCUAACACUUUAGAUAAUGCACGUGCUCCCGAAUUUCGUUGACACUUCCACAUAAAAGCAACACUAGGGUAAAAGCCUCAGACCGGCUACUCUCAAGCGCAUGCGCGAUGAGUGAUCUGGUCUAGUGCGCUUCCUGUUAGUCACCGCCGAUUGGCUGAUUCUUGUCAGUUAGACACUUGUCAUUAAGUAGGUUGUAAUGGAUUUAAUUAAAAUCUAAUCAACAGUUUCAAGACUCUGCCACUAGGCUGGAUUAUUUAUUUUUUGAAAACUUGAUCCUUAUAGUAUUAUAGAUGUUUUUGUUUUUUUUAAAUGAUGAUUUAUACACGGCUAUAACUGUUACCGUUUUCGGUAAAUCUUGCUUUGCUGUUGCAAAAUAGAUGCAGAAAGAUUGCUGAAAUACAACUGAAAUAGUGCUUAAAAUAAUGAUAUCACACAUAAAAUAAUAAGGAAUUAACCAUUAAAGGGUAGCUUAUAGAGUUUUCUUUUCUUUUUCAGCCAUUUUCUUGCCAAUGAGUCAAUUUUUUUUUUAAAAAGAGAACUUACAAAAUCGUUUUAAAAGUUUUUUUUUAAAAAAGUGGAAAAAAUCAAGUAAAUUAACCAAAUUGUAAAUGUGAAAUGGGUUGCUGGAAUGUUUUACAACUUUCGAAAGGAUUGUGCUAAUCCAGUUCUUAAAGAUUUGAUUUUAAAAAGAAAAUUAAUAUAUCGCAGUGAAAAUCAUUUUAAUUUUUUUUUUCUUUUAAUUUUGUGGGCCAUUUUAACUUUGCAAAAAAAUGAUAAAACAAAAUAAAAAUAUAACAUGAUAAUUUUAUUUUAAGUAUUUAUUUAUUUGGUUCAAUAUCAUUUUCUGGUGGGGGGAAAUAAUCAUCUUUGAAUUUAAAUCUUAAAAUUCUCUUCACAUUUCGAUAGUUGUUAACUAAGGAAAGUCUUUUAUUUGAAGGAAGAAAAUGUUUGAUAAUUAAUUUGUUAUCAUUAUUUUUUUUAAAAUAAUAAUACCAUUGAAAUAGCCAGCAGUUUACCUCGUGUCGCUUUUAUGUACAUAUUUAUUUAUUUUAUUGUUGCGUUUUUAAAGUCAAAUUAUUGUUUUGUUUAUUUUGCUUGCACAGAACUCUUGUCUACUGUUGAGUAGUUUGCUAUUUAUACUUCAAACUUUAUUACAAUACGUUAUGUAUACUUUAUGUAUAUCCUACGUGCCCUGGUGCCUUAAAUAAAAAAGCGACGG